UCUGCCGUCUACGAGGCGGGCCUUUCCUGGACUGUCAUUACUAUGAAAGUUGGUGAUCCAGUCUAUCGAGGAUCGGAAGUUCAUUUACCUGUUGAAGUCCUCAGCUACAUCCUGUCAUAUGUAGCUUCAUUUCACGACCUCAAGGCUCAGUCUACAAUAUGGGCUUGCUGCUUAGUAUCAAGGUCCUGGUACGCCGCCUCAGUCAGCCAUCUCUAUGCCCACCCACUUCUCGACAAUCGGAACUUUGACAAGUUCGCUCGAACGCUAUGUCCGCCCAUCAGUUCUCACAAGCCUCGCGUCGGUCUAGAAAACUGCAUCAAGCACCUUGACAUGGGCGGGCUCGCCUACGAAAGCUCAAAGAGUCUUACCGCUCGUCUCAUUAGGAGAACGCGAAAUUCAUUGUUGAGCUUUGCAGCCCCGGCGGUCACCUUUUCGAUUGCUUGUCUAGCUCCAUUAUCGAAGUGUACGAAUCUUCAAGUCCUGGAUUUAUCCUCGGACUCAUACGACAUGAGCCUACGCCAACUCCUGGAUUCAAUUGGCCACCUCGAACAUUUGACAUCUCUCAAACUUCCCCGAAAUGCUCUUCGAGGCCGUUGUAACCUUCAACCAAAGUCACAUUGGCCUAAUCGCCUACAGAGUCUGCAAAUAAGCGACCUUUUAUAUGACGAAAUCGAAUCAUGGGCGGUGCUGUUUGAAAGCUGGCCGGACACCCUCCGCACCCUCAGAAUCGCAGAGUGCAAAGGCUACGGCUCACUGCACUCUUUGGAUCCAGCCAUCCUAACCGCAAAUACCAUCCACUGUCUCGAAAUUGGUCUCUCAGGGCAUGAUGACGCGUUCCCCUUCCGCAAAAUCCUCAAGACAUUUCCCAGCCUCACCACACUUGCAAUCCCCGCUUACCAGGCCGAACAGAUGGCCAAAUGGAAAGGCUUAGAUGAAUACCUGAGCAACGUGCAGACAGGCGCUUAUCUCAACGACGUCGACCACGAAAGUCUUCUCGCAGUCCUGGUUUUCACGGAGCAAUUUCCAGCGGCAAGCCCGGCACCGGUCUUGACGGUCGAGGUCCUUGAAAAAUACGUCCAAAAAUUUCCUCGAUUGAGAAAGUUGAAAAUCCCACAAAGUUUUGCCCAAUUGCACAGCAGAAACAGGUACGAGCAGUUGAAUGAUCAGCUGGAAGAAAGGGCAGGCCCGGAUGCACUCUCGUCAUCAGGCUUAUUUUUCUGCUGAACCUGGAAUAUAGAGCAGUUUACGGUUCGUUUCAUACAAGACUUGGAAAAUGGAACACCUCACUCGUUGCAUAUCUCAGAUGAACGCAGCUACGGCAACGGAUGCCGUACAAGAACCCUGGAAGGGAUGACCAUUAUGAACGAGUCUUGUUGGACGGGCUCCCUCCCGUGUUCGAAUGUAUUUGAAGGACGGCAGUCAAAAGAGGUUGCGCCCUUUGCAGAUCAGUCAUGCAUCACAGGUUGAACAGUCAGGGACGGAGCCAGCAACAGUCAUCACAACCCAUGUCUUGCGAAGGACGACACUCGUAGGUCUGUGGGGAAAGUCACCUACUGGAAGAAUGGGCCAUGAUUACGAGGUCUAUUCGAAGAACCCUGGUCUCACCCAACAAGACUAGACUCAAGAAGUUCAAUUCGACGUCUUCUGUCUGAGUCGUGUGCCACAGAUUGGAGAUGGAGAGUACCCAGAUUAGGUCAGGAACGACCUUUGCUAGAAGGACCAAAAUCAAACAGCCAACACUAUUUUAUUAUUCAUGGCCCUGAUCAUCGGGUGAGAAAGACCGGCCAGAGGGAAAGAAAGAGAAGACACGGGAAAGAGAUUCAGGUCAAGAUUAUUGAUCGGGUUAAAAACAAUUCAAUGUGUG